AUGCUUAAAACAAAAUCGAAUCGAGACUCUAGAAAAGAUUGCUCAAAAUCAUCUAUUCAAAAUGUGGAUGAAAAAAUAAGCAGGGAAUCACAAGAAUGCGAUAAGAGUCAAAGUUCAAGUAACAUUAAUAAUAAAUGUGACAAGAGUCAAAGGUCAAGAGACACUAGCGACGACGUAAACGGCAACGUUCCAUUGAAAAGACAAAAUGUGCCGCAUAGACAGGAACGAUUCGAAGAAAUGAUCAGACGAAAGAAAUAUGAAAGAAAACAUUUUUUAAAGCCAAUUACUACCGAAAAAUUUACAGCAAAUAGUUUUUCAGAGAAAGAGAAUUUGAAUGAAAUGGAAUUUGAUGUUACCCAAUGGGAAAAUACAUUAUGGAUGAAAGAAAAAGAACGUUUUAAACUUUCGCCGUGUAAUUGA